AUCAUAUGUCCAUUAUUGCCAUAUUGACAGGGAUGGGUUAGGAAAAUAUAUCAGACUGUUUGAAAACUCGUAGACCAAAUCGUAUUGCACAGUUUGGCAUAGAUUGUAGACCGUUGAGAAUGGUUUCGUCUAGUCCAUGAUCUGUAUUAUAGGAUGCGUGAAUUUUUUGGUCUGUUUUGAUCUAGAUCGUGAUUUAUCGGACCUAACACACUUUCCAUUUCGUGCUAGCAGCUCACUCAGCCACUCUCUCAACUUUUCAACAAUACCCAAGUCUCAUCCCUAAUUUUUUUAAUCUCGUAUCCUUCUUCAUUCAUAAACAACACUCCACCAUAUAGUUUAGACAAUUGUGUCUCUGUAUGACAUUAUAUUAACGUUCUAAAUGAAAUAAUAAACGGAAUAAUGUAAGAUAUAUUUGAUAUUAGAAUAUAGACAAUAUAAAAAAAAUAAAAAUUGAAAUCAAAUAAAUUUGAAUAGAAAUAGCUAUUAUGACGUUAGUGGAAAACAUUUUUUCCUCAGUUAUUGGUUCAAUUUUUCGUGUGGUUGACUAAACAAACUGUUCAUUUUUUGCUCAAUGUGGUAUGCAUGGUCCAAGCAGUACUAGACCAGAUUGUAAAUCCAUGAUCUAAUAUGGACUGUGUAUAUUGCGCUUGUCCCUGGUCUAUACUCCAGCUUCUUGGUUUUGACCAUAGAAGAGUAAAACCGUCAAUUAUUUUUAAGUUUUAAAGCCCGAUUUUAGCUACUCUUGUAAAUGAAAAGCGCGAUUCCAUGUAAAAGCAUUUAGGUGACAUAGAAGCGCAAAGCGUAAAAAGCGAUUUUGACUAAACCGUAGGUAUGAUUCGGUCUGGAUUGGACAACACCGUUUUCCCAGUCCUAUUGACGGGACAGGAUGAGCAGAUCAUCAAAUUAAUCCAGAUCCAACCCUAGAUUGAGUCCUAUCAAAUAGUUUAGGAUUCAUACCCUAUUUUGACCUGAAGUUUGGCGUAAGUGACAUUUUUGGCCGGAACUUUUAAAUAACACACUUAUGGGCAUAUGGCCAACUUUUCAAAUAAAUGAACAGAUUUGGCGAAUUUUUUUAUUGAAACAUUAAAAUUGACGAUCAACUAUUUUCUCCGUUAGUGACUCGACAUUCUAUGCUGACUGCUGACUAGGAUAGUACACGUAUAAAAACAAAAAACAAAAAAAGAUAAAGAAUAAGGGAGGAGCAUAUCAUCAAAUUGAUCCACAUCCAACCCUGUUAUUGAGUCCUAUCAAAUAAUUUAUCAGUUCUUCAUUCAAGAUGAUAUAGGGUUGGAUCUGGAUUAAGUUUGGAUAUGGGCCGAGGUGCCGCACCACCACCAGCCUAUGCCCCAUAAUCGUCGGCCUUGAGCCUGUACAAUUAACGGACUGCUAUCUUACUCAUGCCAGGCCUCCAUUCUGAACCCACACUCAACCCAGCCCAAUCUAGCCAAGCCCGAGCCCAAUUAAAGCAUUUGUUAAUUCAAGGAAAGUCAGGAGUUACAAGAGAAGGGGUGGUGGGACAGAUCACACUGGAUUACAAACCCAUCUGUAAUCUAAGCAGAGCAGCUCAUCAUCUUCAACAGCAGCAAGCUGCAGCAUCCUAUCGAAAUUCAACAAACCCAUCCCUUGACAGCCAAUCCAUUCACAACAAAUAGCCAAAUCCUAAUCAAAUUCAAAAUCAAGACCUAACCCAUCUUCCCUUCCCCUCCCGCUAUCCCGAAUUACUUACCAAUCUCCUUUUUUCCUGCUUCCCCCUCCGCUGGUCUUCAAUGGAGACUCUGACUUCUCUCUGUGCGAGCCAGACUCUUGUUUCCCACACAGCCCGCCCGAUGCCCAUUUUUGCCGCAGGCAGCUCCGUCUCCGCAAAUGGCUACGCUUACUCUCUCAAUUCUCGAGCUUUCCUUACGAGGAAGCAGAGGAUGAGCAUCAUUAAGGCCUCUGUCGCCGUGGAGCAGCAGACCGAGAAGCCCAAGGUUGCCCUCGUCAGAAUUGGCACCAGGGGAAGCCCGCUGGCACUAGCUCAGGCUCAUGAGACCAGGGAGAAACUCAUGGCGGCACAUUCUGAGCUAGCUGAGGAAGGUGCUAUCGAGAUUGUGAUCAUAAAGACCACAGGAGAUAAGAUCCUCAGUCAGCCGCUUGCCGAUAUUGGAGGGAAAGGGUUGUUUACCAAGGAAAUUGACGAGGCGCUGAUCAACGGUGACAUUGACAUUGCGGUACACUCCAUGAAAGAUGUUCCUACCUAUUUACCUGAACAGACAAUCCUGCCUUGUAACAUGGAGCGAGAAGAUGUUAGAGAUGCAUUCAUCUCGUUGAAUGCAUCUUCACUGGCAGAUCUCGCUGCUGGGAGCAUAAUUGGCACGGCUUCCCUCAGGAGAAAAUCGCAGAUACUCCACCGGUAUCCCUCGCUUAAGGUGGUCGAAAACUUCCGUGGAAAUGUGCAGACGAGGUUGCGAAAACUGAAUGAGGGAGUAGUGCACGCAACGUUGUUAGCAUUAGCUGGCCUAAGACGUUUGAACAUGACAGAGAACGUGACAGCCACUCUGUCAAUCGAAGACAUGCUCCCAGCGGUUGCUCAAGGAGCAAUUGGAAUCGCCUGCAGAACCAAUGAUGAUAAAAUGGCCGAGUACCUAGCUUCACUGAACCAUGAAGAAACCAGGCUGGCAGUUACCUGUGAGAGGGCCUUCCUGGAAACUCUGGAUGGGUCUUGCCGCACUCCUAUUGCUGGAUAUGCAAGCAGAGAUGAGAAUGGUGAUUGCUUGUUCAAGGGACUGGUUGCUUCUCCAGACGGGACCCGUGUGCUAGAGACUUCCAGGAAAGGUCGGUAUGCUCUCGAUGAUAUGAUAUUGAUGGGUAAGGAUGCUGGGAAGGAAUUGCUUUCUAGGGCAGGUCCUGGAUUCUUCAAUUCAUGAACCAAACGACAGCAAGUUGAGAAAAGAGAGCAGAAGCGAGAAGGCUAGUGUAGGUAAGUUGGAAAUUUUUUUUUGGCUAGGAUGCAGGGCUCUGAGUGCGAUUUGUUUCAUUUGCAACAUGGAACAUGAAAUUGUUUGUUUGUAACGGUUUGCAGGUAGAAAUGUAAGUUUUCUGUAAACUUAAUAUCUAGUCUUUAUUUGCUAAUAGCAAUAAAACCCAUGGCCGCGGGUAUCCGACCGCCCCCGACCCAGUAAAUGCGGGGAAUCCCCGUUUUGACCGGGUAUGGGGCGGGUAUGGGUAAAACCCGCAAAAAGUUUGAUGGGUAUGGGGCGGGUAUGGUUUUGACCUCCCCCACCCCAUACUCAUACCCAUACCCGCCCCACCAAGAGAAUUUCUUCACAUAUAAAAAAAUAUGUGGAUGAAAUUGUAAUCUAUCAAUGGUGAUGAGGAUAACUCAAUGAAAUAAAUAGUAGAAAUGCAA